AUGCUCCCCUCCCAUCGCUCCCAAUGCGUCAGCCGGCCUCAGCAUCCGCUCAGCGAGCGACCCGACGAAGCCUCCUCAAACGAAGCCUCCCCCGACGAAGCCUCUCCUAGCGAAGCCUCCCCUAUCGAAGCCUCCCCCGACGAAGCCUCUGCUAGCGAAGCCUCCCCUAUCGAAGCCUCGCCUACCGAAGCCUCGCCUUCCGAAGCCUCCCCUAACGAAGCCUCCCCUAACGAAGCCUCCCCUAACGAAGCCUCCCCUAACGAAGCCUCCCCUGCCGAGGCGAGUCUCGACAAACGCCGUGCUCUCAAACUCUCUCGACUCGACGAAAGUCGACUUCACUCCUUCCAUCGUCGGAUUUUUCUUCUUCUCUUCUCCUCCAGCGGAGCCUCGGGAUCCGCCUCCUUUAGCGAUCCCUUCUUCCUCUCGUUUAUUUCCUUCGACGCUCUCGUCUCGUCCGCCGCCUACCGCUGCUGCCUGAUUCUGCCGCCUGAUUCUGCCGCCCGUGCUGCCCUGCACCGCCUCUCUCCGCCCGCCUCCUUCGCCUGCGUCGUCGUCACCUGA